AAGUUUUUUUUUUUUUUUUUUCCCUAUCUUGUGAUUUGUCAUAGUUGGAGGAUGUGUAUGGCAGGUCGCUCUAAAGUAUGAAGUAUGUUUUGUGUAUUGCUUCAGUCUUGUGCUUGCUAACAACGAUUGCUGCAAACCAAACGAAAAAUAAUAAUAAUAAUGUGGAAUAUAAUCCAUACGGACCCUACGUUAAUUGCUCUUUUCUCCCCCUGGAGUUCUUGGAUUGCGAAGAUCUAAUAGAUCAUAAAGGCAAUGAAACCGCCAAAGCAGAGCUAGGUCGGGGUUGUGUUAAGUUUGGUGGUUAUAGGUAUGAAGAUGUUGAAAAAACAGUGUUGAAAUGUACUGUUCUUCCAUCAAUUGAGUGUUAUGGACCAAAAGAAAUAUACAGAGAUGGCUUUCCUUGUAUAACGUACAGUGGUCAUUAUUUUGCAACAACCUUGAUCUACAGCAUCCUCUUGGGGUUUUUGGGAAUGGAUAGGUUUUGUCUUGGUCAGACUGGAACAGCAGUUGGAAAGUUGCUGACACUUGGAGGUGUUGGAAUAUGGUGGAUUGUAGAUAUAAUUCUUUUAGUCACUAAUCAACUUCAACCAGAAGAUGGAAGUAAUUGGAAUCCAUAUGUUUAACCACUUCAAGUGCAUUUCUUUAGCUGCUGUGUCAUCUAUACAUUAACAUUACAUAACACAUUUUGAAUGCCACCAAAAUAUAUUUUAUUUUCCAAGUCUAAUAACAUGUACAGUAACCUGUGAUAAAUGAUACAGCACAAAUAUAUUUAUUUGGACUGAUGUACAGGUAUCUUUAACUGUAUAUACGAAGAAAUAAACUGUACUUUCAAGAUGGAGUACAUAAAAACUAUGUAAAUGCUUAUACAAAAAUAAAGUUUUUUAUCAAAAUUA